CGAGAUUCUAACUUACAUAAUUUCUCACAAAAAUAGUUCAUAAAAUAGCUCCAUAAGACACUGAUAUCAAUAGAAAACCAAAAAGAUGAAGCCGACCUUACAAAAUCCCAGUUCACACUUGCUCAAUUUGAGGGUCUUUUCAAAGCUUCUGUAAAAGAAUAUCCCAAGAGCAUAUCGUGAUGGGGAUAAAUACCACUUUUCUAAAUUGUAGUGCGAGAAACAAAACUACUCACAGUAAUGAAAGUGGCAAACAUGGAGAUGGGUUUCUGUAAACUUUUUAAUUUGCUGGUUAUAAUUGCAGCAUGUACUGCAUCUGGAUCUUUUGGCUUCCGCUCUCUCAAAGCAGACACAGACCAAGAUCCACAACAGGUGCAUAUUUCUCUAGUAGGAAGUGAUCAUAUGAGAGUUUCAUGGAUUACAGAGGAUUUUGAUGUACCCUCGCUGGUGGAGUAUGGAACAUCCCCUGGAAAAUACACUUCCUCUGCAACAGGAAACAAUACUUCAUAUUCCUUUGUAACCUACGAAUCCGGUAGCAUCCACAAUGUGCUGAUUGGACCACUCGCUGCAAAUACUGUUUAUUAUUACCGCUGUGGGGGAUUCGGGGCUGAAUAUAAUCUCAAAACUCCACCCUCACAAUUCCCCAUCACUUUUGCAAUUGUAGGUGAUCCGGGACAAACAGAUCACACAAAAUCCACAUUAGCCCACAUUCAAGAGAUGAAGUAUGAUGUUUUCCUCUUGCCUGGAGACCUUUCUUAUGCAGAUACAAACCAGCCUCUGUGGGACUCGUUCGGCGAGCUGGUUGAGCCUCUGGCAAGUAGCAGGCCAUGGAUGGUUACUCAAGGAAAUCACGAGAUAGAGACCAUUCCACUUAUAAUGAACUACCCAUUCAGAGCAUACAAUGCCAGAUGGAGAAUGCCAUUCGAACAAAGCGGCUCGAGUUCGAAUCUCUUCUACUCAUUUGAAAUUGCAGGUGUGCAUGUAAUAAUGCUGGGCUCCUAUACAGACUUCGGCCCAGGUUCAGAUCAAUACAAAUGGUUGCAGGCGGAUCUUGGAAGGGUGGACAGAAAAAGAACACCGUGGCUUAUAGCUCUGGUGCAUGCACCUUGGUACAAUACAAACAGUGCUCAUCAGGGAGAAGGAGAAGACAUGAGAGUGGCCAUGGAAGAAAUGCUGUAUUCUGCAAAAGUAGAUAUGGUGUUUGCAGGGCAUGUUCAUGCAUACGAACGCUUUAGUGGAGUGUAUAACAAUAAGGCCGAUCCCUGUGGAGCUCUUCACAUUACAAUAGGAGAUGGAGGCAAUCGCGAAGGGCUUGCUUCAAAAUUUGGGCAAAACCAGUCUGGAUUAUCUAUGUUUAGAGAAGCAAACUUUGGGCAUGGUGAACUAAAAAUAGUGAAUGCAACGCACGCGAAUUGGACGUGGCACAGGAAUUCAGAUGGUGAGUCGGUUGCAGCAGACCAAGUUUGGAUUCAGACGUUCGCCUCUUCAACAAGCUGUGUAACGUGAAUUCUUAGAAAAAGAAGAGAGAGAGCUUAUUCUCACUCUCUGUAAAUCCCUAAAUUUGGGAUAUAUUCUAAUAAUAAAGAAAGGUCUUAAACAUUGUGUUUGCA